AUGGACACCGCUGAGUUCCACGAAAGAAGCAAAGUACUCGAAGCGCUACCCGAUGAAGGUCAGAUCUACCUCUCGCCAACCGGACAGGUGCGGUACCGUGGCCGGACACUGCUGCUGCUCCAGUGCCCUGAAGCGUACUGCGAUGAAGAGCGCCUUCGCACAUACUUCGAACAGGUGGUACCCAAACAAGUGACCCGCGUGCAGGUGCGUCCGCAGAAACGGAGCGCGCUCAUAGAGUUUCAGACGCAAAGAGCUGCAGCUGCAGCGCUUCGUAAGGCUCCCAACACGACCACCUCUGCGCUGGGAAACCGACCGAACUUUCGCCUUCGUUACUAUAUCCCGCCUGCAGCACGAGCGUCCCUGCAGCGCUGGCAAGCUGCGUAUCCUCCUCAGAACGCAUUCGGACCAGCGAUGAUUCCCGAAGAGCGUACGGGAACGUCAGCAGGAGCAUCUGUCAACGCCGCCAAAUCAUCCCUGCAGUCGAUAACUCGUUCGACCACAGAAGCUGCCGCUUUCCCGCCGCCGACCCAGACCAGUGGAUAUCAAGCACUACCCGGGACGUUGAACGAGACUUGGGAAACCGCAUCACGAACAGCUUCCACUGUCGGUACGUUUCCAGAGCAGCGUAUCAGUGUUUUUCAAGCAUCGAUGCCCGCAACAACCACUGCACACAGUGACGCCCAUCAUGAAGACCUGAAUGCUCAGCACGACGAGACCCUCCGAAGCGACGCCCUGCCACCAAACGCUCGUUCCACAACCGAUCCCUGGACGAAGCAUCGGGAGCCCGUGUUCGCUUCUGGGGAGCACGGAGACUCUCAGCAACAGGCUGGGAGCAGCGCAUCCACUGCGCUGCCGUUGCCGCUGGAUGCGCAACCUGCGCUCCUGGGUACCUGCCUGAUGAUGUGUCCCCUGGAGGAGCAACACCAACGUCGGAUGCAACGUGACGUGCAUGUUCUCGAAAUGAGUUUGAACCCGGAGCGCACCCUCGAGCCGAACCCACAACUCAUGGUGAAAAAGUUUGCGCGACCGGCUGCCGGUGCAGAAGCCGUGCGUCCGGAACAAGUGCGCCCACCGCACGUGUUGCGUCAGACAAUGGAAUACCUGUUGCAGCAUAUUGUGGAUCGUGAAGAUGUUCCAUUUCACGAAGUCUACGCGUUCUUACGGGAUCGAACACGCAGUAUUCGACAGGAUUUCACGUACCAGGGUAUCUAUGACACCAACUGUGCCUGGGUGCAUGAGCAGUGCGUACGCUUUCACAUCCUCGCCGAGUAUCGAUUGGCCGUCACUGGACCAGAGGUCUUCUCCUCAAAACAGAAUAUGGAGCAGCUUGACAAAUGUUUAUUAGCGCUUUGUCACCUCUAUCGAGAAGCCGCUCGACAGGGUCGUUCUGUAAGUGCCCAUCGAAGCGAGUUUGAGGCGUACUAUCUAUUACUCCAGAACCGCAACGACGCCGUCAUCCAGAUCCUGCGCGAACUCGAUCCGGAGACACUGCACAGUGAGCAAGUUCAGCUUGCACUGCAAGUGAUUCGGGCUCGUCAAGCUGGCGAUUUUCAGGCGUUUUUCGGUCGAUUGCUCGCGCAAGUCUCCUUCCUCCAAGCGUGUAUGAUGCAUCGGCACUUUGGUAUGAUGCGGCUGUGGGCGCUGGAGCAGUUGGCUCGUGCCGCAGCACGUCAGGAAGUAUGGCCUCUCAGCGCGCUGGUGUCGUUGCUUGCCUUUGAUGAUGAUGACGAUGCAGCAGCAUUCCUGCGGAGCUGCGACUUGCACGUUACCGUCGACGGUGACAGCGUCGCGCUUGCGACACUGGAGCCACACGUGUCCAGACUGCGUGCAAAGACAGCCGACGCCACACAGGCGACCUUGCGACCGCUCUACUGGUUCGUAGGCCAGCGUUGUGUCGAACGCAAGGCGCUGGGCCUCAAACCCAGUGAAAUUAUCCAAGGCAAGGUGCCGCCCGCAUCCCGGGAGCAGUGUUUGCGGGAGCGUAUAGCUGCUGAGCUCGCCAGACAGCGUUCCGAACGACAAGUGGCUUCCAAAGACCCGCACGUGGCCGUGCCUGCAACGGCGAACUCGGCGCCGUUUUCUCAGGAUAGAAGCGAUUCGCAUCAGAUGAGCGUGGAGUUGAGAAGCGGCGUGCCUGGCGCUGCUGGUGGCGAAAAGUGGUCGGACGCAUGCCCUCGUAACGAGAUGGCGAGCAGCAGCAGCGGCAGCGGCAGUGGCAACGGCAUCUCGGUGGACUUGCCAACUGCAUGUGUCCGCAACGCGCAAUCGCUUCUCGAACCGCGUCCAUCUCCGGAAGCAGCAACAAAAGAGCCGGUAGCAUUUGGCUCACAAGUCGGAACGCCCCAGAUGCAUGAAUGUACUGCUGGUGUUGACCGAGACGUGCACGACUCGGAACGAGCGCAGAGGUUGCAGGAUGCGCGGCCGCUGCUGCUCCAAACUGGGACCAACACCCCGACGGCGUCUAUCAGUGGAGGAGGCAAAGUUUCUGCCGCAGACGCCUAUGCCGCGGAUGCGCAACAGCCAGCUGCAGCUGAAGGCAGCCGGCGGCGCGAAUGGAACGCAGUUGCUACGGCAGCUGUGAACGCUCCAGUACAAGCUGCCGCAGCGGUGAUGGGACCGACCUCGCAACGCACCAUACGGCCGGAGGAGGUAUCGGAGCGUGCGGUUGCACGCUCGCCAUGGUCGUCAACAGGGCAGACAGGAAUCGUGCCGCCUACGAAGCCAGCGCCCGCGUCUUUUCAGUUCGACAACAAGGCUCAAAGGCAGGCUACAGAUCCUGCUGCUGCUGCUGCUGCUGCUGCUGCUGCUGCUGCAGAAAUGGCCUCGGAUGCCGUCCAGAGAGCGCCUAUUGAAGCGAUCCCAGCACUGAUGACACCACACCAGACGCGAGCAACGCCAACAGGGCGCGAGUCUGGGCUGGAGCACUCCUCGGUGGCUGUCGAUGACAAAACCCUCGCACCAAGUGACGUGCCACGCGAGCGCCCGGUGACGGCAAUGCCGCCGCCCAUACCGCCCACGGGCGCUGCUCUGGUGCGAAUGGAAGCAGCACACGAUGAGCAAGUCGAAGCAGCCCUGGAACAAUUGGAUGCGCAGUGGCUCCUGGCGCGCCACGAGCCCGCCUAUGCCAUCGAGUACUUGGUGCUCGCUGGUCUCAUGCUAGAACGAUAUCUUGCGCAAAAUCUGCGUGAGCGUGGUGGCGCACUACCAUCAUCUUUCUGGGAGCAAUUGACCGAGCUCGAAUCACGUCUAGAGCAAACACAUCAUGUUUUGGGUCAGCUCAAACAGACUGCUGCGCAACUGAGCGCAGCUAGUCGACCGGCUUCAGAGGUUGGCCCACGAAUCAACCGCCUACUCCGCCAAAUCGCUGCGUAUCAAAGCGCUGUUGAGCGUGCGGUCCAGGCGGCUUCCAAGCUCCGUGAAGAAGCCACCAUCGCACAGACACAACGCCUGCUUCGUGAUCGCCUCGUACAAGAGCUGGUACUUCGCCCCAGUCCGCUGACUCGUUUAGUGUCGCUGCCGUUACCGCCGGUCGCGGCCGCUGCAGCGCCCGAGCAUCCAUCAACAAGCCCGCGCGUGCAGCAAACUGCGCCGCCACCUGAGACCUUCGCGGUACUGCGUCUGGCAUCAUCCCUAGCAGGAGACCUGCGGAUUGGUGUCUGGUGGCCCCCGCACGACAUUGUGUGCAAAGACCUCGUCCAAGGACUCUGUCAGGACCUCUGUAUCCGAUGCAACGAGCAAGAUGAUUCCGAGUCGUAUGCGCAGCAUCAGCGGCAACAGCUGCAGCUUGUUUUGCCAGGGAACAUGUGUCCCGAUAACCUGGCUGGUCUGCUGGCCGUGGUGCGCGGUGACGCACCAUCAGUGUGCGCGUCUCCGCUCAAACAAGUGAUUCGAUCGAAAGCGACCGAGAUGUCCACGGAUUUUGCGCGCCAACGACGAUUCCCGCUGGUGGUGCUCAUGAUGCUAUCGCCACUGGCGACGACAACACCAACACCAACGUCAGCAAUGACGACAAAGAGAGCAACGCCUGAGGGUAUUUCGUGCACAAAACAUUUGCACGAUACAGUGCUCGUGUACGAGAACCGCAAAUCUGCCUUUGCAUGUUUUGCUGUCCGCCAUACACAAAACGUUUCUUUCGACAUUCUGUGGGACUGGUUCCAAACCCAGUGCAUCUCAUUCCCCUGUAUUUCUGAGCCAAUGCCGAUGCUACCGCUCUCGAUUGUGCUUCUCAAGCUGAGUGAGACGGAUGUGCCAACGGUGGCUGCGGAAUCGACUCGUGACGCGCCCACAGACACCAGCUUCACCGCAAGUGGCGUUGCGGGUAUUGCCUCACGCUGGGCGAGCUGGGCCAGUGCGCUUCGACGCUGGGCCGAUGUCCGAACGAACUCGCGCCACGCGGAGACAUGUUAUCAAAUCGCAACGAUCACAGAGCAGUGCGUAACGACCCUGCAAGCUACCAUGACAGACGCAAACCAGCAGCAUGAAUCGUUCUAUUUGCAAACGCAGCUGGCGGGCUGGGUUGUGCGUCAUUUAACGGAGCUUGGGGCAGCGGAUAUGCUCGUUCCUGCAACGCUUUGGCCGCAGCAAACGCGCUGUGCUGCCUCGUGGGGCUUUGCUGGGGCGUUACCAGCGGAAAAUCGCCAGUCCCCGAAUGAUCCGCAAUCACAAGCGUCCAUGGAAUCACCCGACUCCGCUCCGAGUCGCUGGUACCGACUCGUAAGACAGGUUCGCGAUGAAAGGGAAUCCUUCGAGCAUCUGAAAGCGCGUCUUCGAGAGUGUGUGUUCAGUUCAGAAAACAAAUUCUGA